CCGCCAAUUUGGGAGUAGCAGGCAAAGGCCUACAGCAGGCGUAGAACCCUCUCCAGGUCUCGGCUCUCCGCCGUCGCCAUGGGCAGCGCCUCCAAGCUGCUAUCCUCCCUCUUGCUCACCUCCUCCCCGCUCCGUCUCCGGCCCUCCGCCGCCGCCUUCGCGCUCAUCCUCUCCUCGCGCACCGCGGCAUCCCGCCAACAACACCUGCCCUCCUCCCCCUCUCCCCUCCGCACGCUCUCCACCUCGGGCGCCGCCGCCGCCUCACCCCUUCCCUACAGCUCCAGCUCCAGCUCCGCCUCGUCAACCCCACCGCUCCACGCCCCUUUCCCGGAAUGGUCCCGCCUGGUCGACCGCCUCGCGGCCGCCGGCUACGCCGCCCGCGCCCCCUCCCCCGCCGAUGAGCUCGCCGUCGCCUCCGGCAGCGGCCUGUCGGCCGAGGCGGAGUCCGCUGUGUCCUCCUGCCUGGCCUUCGCGCGCGACCGGCCCGACCUUCUCAGGUCGCUCCCAACGAAGGACGUCGAGGUUGUGGUGUCUAACGUUGCACCGGCCCUGUUCAAGGGAGGUGAGGAAUCUGCGCAGCGGCUGCAGCAAUACCUCGCGGGUGAAGAGGACAAUGCAAUUCAAUCAGUCAGAGCGGUAACUGUGGACAUUGUUCGGUACUUGCUAAGUUACACAUACAGUUCGUCAAACAACUAUUUAGAAGACAAAGAACUCACUGAUUCAGCUGUUAGAAAUAUCUUGGCUGAGCUAGUUAAUUCUAGUGGACUUCCCCACACCUCCAGUUUUGUGGAGUCAACAGUUGAGAGUCAACCUGAGCGAUUCUCUAGGCAUCCAGGGCAAAAUGUUGAGAUGAAACGUGGUGACUGGAUUUGCACAAGAUGUAGCUUUAUGAACUUUGCAAGAAAUGCGAGGUGCCUUGAGUGCAAUGAGCAUCGGCCAAAGAAGAUGUUGACUGGCAGAGAGUGGGAAUGCCCUCAGUGUGAAUUCUAUAAUUAUGGGAGGAACAUGUCAUGCUUAAGAUGUGCUUGCAAAAGACCAGCGACAACUGCAUCUGCUGGUGCUGGUUUAGGCGGUGUAGCAGAGCUUCUUAAUGUAACUAAUGCUGGUAGAUCUGAAAUUGAGAGAAAACUCGCUCAAAGUGAUGAGAAGGCAGAAAGGUGGUUGAGCAAAGUAUCUCAACUUGACGAUUCUGCUGAUUUAAGUAGUCUGGCAGCUGAUGAGGAUUUUCCUGAGAUUAUGCCUAUGAGGAAGGGAGUCAAUAAAUUUGUAGUUAGCACACGCAAGACACCAUUGGAGAGAAGAUUGGCAAGUGCACAGUACAGCAGUAACAAUAGCCCUCAAGCAACAGCAUCCGACUCCAAGAUUAGUCAAACUUUAGACAGGAUACUUGGGCGUUCGGCAUCUACUUCUGCCCCAAACAAUCAGUCUGAUAAUGGGGGUGUAACUGCUGAGACUCCCAGGAAAUUAACAGGCCAUCUUGGUGAUAUCGACCCCGUUCCUUUUGUGCCAUUAUCUGCUGAUCUGUUUACCAAGCCACAGAAUGCAAAGACUAAUGAACAGGCAGAUAGGGACAGUCAAAUAAAUAAGGAAACUGGUAGUUCCGCACCCGAUAUCACACAGGCAUCAACUGAGAGGAGAGAUGUCGAUAAGUCAUUAGAUACUGCUGAGAAAUGGUCCAAGAAAGUCGCAGAACUCGAUAGUGUAAAUGACCUUUCAAGUGCUAUUUCUGAUGAAGACUUUCCUGAUAUUAUGCCAAUGAGGAAGGGUGAGAAUCGGUUUGUUAUUAGUAAGAAAAAAGACCGCUUGCUGACAUCACCACAGUACCAGAGGCGCAGUGUGCUUGAGCAGGCUGACAAUUCUGAUUUCGUCCCGUUUGUUCCAUUUCCUCCUGAUUAUUUUGCCAAGAAAGAUGCGCCAGCAGAGAGUACUCCAGAUACAGGAAUAGUGUCAGAAAGUUCUCCAUCAACUGAUAAGCUGCCAGAAACAAAUGCUUCAUCAAGACAUUCGGGAAAUAGCCAAAACACCUCGCAGGUGAUUGGCCCUCAGGGAAGUAGCAUCAUGAAUAAUGAGAACUCGAAUAGGAAUUACUCUCAGCAGAGCUCGAGUCCAGGUGGUUAUACACGUGGUGGAAGCAGCAGCCAGCAGUAUCAACAACAACCUUAUGGGGUGGGUGAUAGAUCUGCUGGUACACCAAAUUCAGGCGCCUGGAAUCCAAACUACUCCCAGGGGACGUCUACUGAUGUCAGAGGAGGAUCUAGCAACUAUCAGCAUCAACAGCAACCCCAUGAGGUCGGUGAUCGAUCUCGGGGAACUUCAAAUACUGGUGCUUUGAACACAAACUACUCCCCCGGGAGGUUUAAUGAUGGCAGAGGUGGAGCUAGCAACUAUCAGCAUCAACAGCAACCUCAUGAGGCGGGUGGUCGAUCUAGUGGAACUUCAAAUACUGGCGCUUGGAACACAAACUACUCCCAGUCCCAGGGGAGUUUUAAUGAUGGCAGAGGUGGAUCUAACAACUAUCAGCAUAAACAGCAACCUCGUGAGGUGGACGAUCGAUCUAGUGGAACUUCAAAUACUGGUUCUUGGAACACAAACUACUCCCAGUCCCAGGGGAGUUUUAAUGAUGGCAGAGGUGGAUCUAACAACUAUCAGCAUCAACAGCAACCUCGUGAGGUGGGCGAUCGAUCUAGUGGAACUUCAAAUACUGGUUCUUGGAACACAAACUACUCCCAGUCCCAGGGGAGGUUUAGUGAUGGCAGAGGUGGAUCUAGCAGCUAUCAGUAUCAGACACAACCUCAUCAGGCAGGUGGUCAAUCCAGUGGCUCUUCGAACACUCUGAACACAAACUACUCUCAGGGGAGCUUCAACGAGGGUCGAGAUACAUCUACUUACAAUCAGGGAAGCUAUUCUGCACAACCAUCUUAUUCGCCCGGCUAUAGUAAUCACAGCAACAGCAAUUCUUGGAGCAGCAACAACAACCAAAAUUGGAGUGGUUCACAUCCUGAUAGUAGGGUUUCUACUACUGGCAUUGAUUCCACUAACCCUAAUCAAGGAACAGGCUACUCAAGCUACGGAGGUGGAGGUUAUACUGGAAAGAGCUUAGAAGGCUCUGCUGUGAAGGACCCCGAUCCCCUGGACAUGUCCGAGGAAGCCAAGGCUGAGAGAUGGUUCAGGAGGGCAGCGCAGAUAAAGGACAUCUCCGAGCUUGCCAACAUUCCCGACGAGGACUUCCCCGAGAUAAUGCCAAUGAGGAAGGGGGUGAACAGAUUCGUGGUGAGCAAGAGGAAGACGCCAUUGGAGAGGAGAUUGACUUCUCCUCAGUACAGAAGGAACCUACCGAUCGUAAGCUCCGAGCCUGACAAAGAUGGUAGCUGAAAGCAGGCAUAUCUAUUCUGAUGAAAGAGCGAAGAGUUUACACAAGGAUAUAUACUUUUACUUCUGAUCGUGAUAAUAAGCAGCAAGGCGAAGAAAUCCACGCGGAGGAAACAGCUGAACACCCAGAACAUUUUUUCUUAUAUCCAAAAGUUUUGUUCUCGACCAGUAGGGAUUUGCUGUUUAAUUUGUUACGUGUAUCAGUUGUAUACAUUUGUUGUUGUACCUGAAACCGUGAGUGCAAUCAUCAAAUAAUUUGCGCGUCGUUCUCCAUGUA